CACUGGUUAAAUGUCUGCGGCUUGGUAUAAAAUCCACUGCAGCUUUAAGAGAGGGGAGGGUUUCCAGGAGAGGAAAAGGCAAAGCCUGCCCACAAGGGCUUCUUUUUGCCUUUCUGAUCCAUUCAGAAAUUACUCAUUGCAAAUUCCUGACUUUUCAAGAGGAGGAAGUGCGAUUGCAUGGAUUUCAUUUGCUGCACAUGUGUGGCACAGAGUGGGAAAGAGACUUCUUAACUGGGGAGCUAGUCCAGCAACAGCGAUGACUUUGUGAGAGCUGGGGUGGGGGGUUGCUUUACACCAGGAAGCUGUGCUGUAUGUUUCCACGCUCAGCUGCUGAGACAGAGAGAGAGAGACACACACACCAACACAACAGCAGCCGCUUGCCUUUCUCGGUGUGUGGAUCAGCUGUCUCUCUCUCUCUCUCUUUUUUUUUUUUUUUCUUUCCGGUGUGUUGUUGUUUGUGUGUUGCGAUGGCUGAAUGAUGGCCCAGUACAACUCCACACCACACACCAUGGCUGCCAAAGAAGAUCUCUACAGCAAAGUCACCCCCAGACGAAACAGACAGCAACGAACGGGGACAAUCAAACACGGGUCGUCUCUGGAGAUCCUUUUAUCAAUGGGAUUCCCCAAAGCCAGGGCACAAAAAGCACUGACAUCCACUGGCGGAAGAAGUGUCCAAGCAGCAUGUGACUGGUUGUUCUCUCAUGUGGGGGACCCAUUCCUUGAUGACCCCCUGCCUCGGGAAUAUGUCCUCUACCUGCGCCCCACCGGCCCCUUGGCUCAGAAGCUCUCUGAUUUCUGGCAGCAGUCGAAGCAGAUCUGUGGGAAGAACAAAGCUCACAACAUCUUCCCACACAUCACUCUUUGCCAGUUCUUUAUGGAACAUGCAUCCUGCUUCCAUUGGCAGUGCGAAGACAGCAAGAUUGAUGCGCUCAAUGAAGCCCUGCAGGCCACAGUGAUGCGAUGGAAGUGCAAAUUCCCUGCUCCCCUGCCUUUAGAACUCUACACGUCUUCGAACUUCAUUGGGCUUUUCGUCAAGGAGGACAGCGCUGAGGUCCUCAAGAAGUUUGCGGCGGACUUUGCUACAGAAGCUGCUUCUAAAGUGGAUGUGCAUGUAGAACCCCAUAAGAAACAGCUGCACGUGACAUUGGCCUACCACUUCCAAACCAGCCACUUGCCCACGCUGGAGAAAUUAGCACAGAACAUCGACGUCAAGCUAGGAUGCGACUGGGUCGCCACAAUCUUCUCUCGAGAUAUAAGAUUUGCUAACCACGAGACACUGCAAGUGAUCUAUCCCUACAUCCCGCAGAAUGACGACGAGCUUGAGCUGGUUCCAGGGGAUUUCAUUUUCAUGUCUCCAGUGGAGCAAACCAGCACCAGUGAGGGCUGGAUUUAUGGCACUUCCCUAGCGACCGGCUGUUCUGGGCUGCUGCCUGAGAAUUACAUCACGAAGGCAGACGAGUGCGGCACCUGGGUGUUUCAUGGAUCUUACUCGAUUCUGAGUACCAGUUCUUCCCCAUCCCCUCUAACCUUCAAUGACGGAGCCCUGGAAAGAAGACAGCAAGAAGAUCAAGGACCUGGGGACACAGGGCCACUCACUAUCAUCUGCCAGACAAUGCACCCCCUGAGAGUAACCAGCCAGCCAGGGCUUCAAAAACGAUGUCUUUUUGUCUGCCGGCAUGGGGAGAGAAUGGAUGUUGUGUUUGGAAAGUACUGGUUGUCCCAGUGUUUUGAUGCCAAAGGAAGGUAUAUGCGUACAAAUCUGAAUAUGCCUCACAGCUUACCUCAAAGAAGUGGUGGUUUCAGGGAUUAUGAAAAAGAUGCACCAAUCACCGUGUUUGGUUGCACACAAGCAAGACUUGUUGGUGAAGCCUUGCUGGAAAGUAACACUGUUAUUGAACAUGUCUACUGUUCCCCGUCGCUGCGCUGCGUACAGACAGCGCACAAUAUUCUGAAAGGUUUGCAACAGGAAAAUAACCUAAAGAUUCGAGUUGAGCCGGGCUUAUUUGAGUGGACAAAAUGGGUCUCUGGUACCACAUUACCUGCCUGGAUACCCGCAGUGGAUUUAGCUGCAGCCAGUCUGUGUGUUGAUACAACCUACAGACCUCAUAUACCAGUCAGCAAGUUAGUGGUUUCAGAGUCUUACGACACAUACAUAAGUAGAAGCUAUCAAGUAACGAAAGAAAUCAUAAGUGAAUGCAAAGGCAAAGGAAAUAACAUUUUGAUAGUGGCUCACGCAUCGUCUCUCGAGGCCUGUACUUGUCAACUCCAGGGCCUCUCACCUCAGAAUUCCAAGGACUUUGUACAGAUGGUCAGAAAGAUUCCAUACUUGGGGUUCUGUUCCUGUGAAGAAUUGGGAGAGACAGGCAUUUGGCAACUAACAGACCCCCCCAUCCUCCCACUCACACACGGACCAACUGGAGGCUUUAACUGGCGAGAGACCUUACUACAAGAAUAGGCAAAGCUAAACUUACAAACAAACAAAAAAUGGCCUUUCUAAGCAUUGGAGAAUGUCUCUUAUUUCUUGUGUUUAAUGACAGUGGAAAAAUAUUCAUAACAUUUUAGGUGACUCGUUCACAAAAACAUUCUAGCAUAUCACCUAUAGAGUCGCAUUUGUGCAAAAAGUUCUCAUAUGUAAAACUAGGCGAAUAUAAGAAAGGGCUUAAUUGAUGGAAGAAUAUAACUAUAUGUCCAGGCUUCUGCACUGCAGGAAAUGUCUCUGUUAUCUAAGGCUACAUAGCCUGGAUAUAUUUUUCAUCUUGAACUGAACUCAGACACCACCUUCUGCACCAUGUUAGUGACAACUAGGACUGUGAAAAUUGUGAAUUUUGGGUCUUUUUCAUUUGCAAAAUUUUGCAGAACAAACAUUUGCAAUUUUGUUCUGGGCUAUGUUGGCACCUUCCCCAUUACUCCCAAAUUUUGCUAAAUAGCAGUUUCGUGUUCCCCCAAAAUAGCUACACUCAGUGUGUUCCAUAAGAUAUCCUGUCUCAUCUCCAGGAGGAAGGGAGUUCUCUAUUCCAAUUAUAGACCAGCAUCAAACUAUUCCUUUUCAUUACCAUAUUAAAUGCCUACAUAUUACACAGGUGGGUAGGUUGCAGAUGCUUAAAAUAGACAGAAGCACAUGACGCUGAUCUGCAUCAGAACACAAUUUUGAAUGUCAAAGCUGUCAGAGGUGAAGUUCUCACAUGAAAAAUAGGAUCAUUUUUCAGUGAAGAACUGGAGCAAUUUUGCUAAAUGGAAAUGAAAAGAGUACUCCAAAUGUGAAGGUUUUCUGAUUUUCUUGGCUGAAAUUCACCACUAUGCAGAGGACCAGGAUAAAAUCCUAUGCAUCGCUCAAAUCCUGUUUAAGACCUCACAACAGGGUUUUAUAUAAUGCAUGGGCCUUCUCCUGAUUUCUCUAUACAGAGGUGAAUUUCACCCCUUUGUGAAUAUUUCUCACAGCCCUAGUGAUGUUCUACAGUAAUCAGCCUUCAUCAAGGAUAAUGACGAAGUCAAAAGGAUAUGCUAAUAAUUCAGAUUUAAGGUGGGGGGUUGUUGUUUUUGUGGGGGAUUUUGUUUCUUUUUGUUUUUCACCUUUGUUUUCUUUACAUUUUAAGUGCCAUUUGUAACACAUAGAAAGCAGAGCUGAGAAAGGAUACACUGUGAUGAAAAAAGCAACACACUGAACCCAAGAAGCUGUUACUUAUGAGGUGAUUUGUUUCAUAUUGAGCUAAAAUCUCAAUCCCAUUAAAGUCAUGAGGAACUGCCAUAGUAGAUCCGACCCAAUGGUCCUUUUAGUCCAGCAUCCUCUCUUUGACAGUGGCCAGUGUCAGCUGCUUGAGGAAAAGAUGCAAGAAAGCCUGCAAUGGGCAGUUAUAGGAUAACCUGCCUCCAGGAAAGUUCCUUCCUGACCCACAAUAGUAUGAGGUUGACUUAUGCCCUGAAGCAUGAGGGUUCCAAAACUAUUUUGUUAAAAUAUUUACUAUUUUAGGCCCCAGUUCAGGAAAACACUAAAGCACAAACUUAUAUUGAAGUAAAUGGGAGUUAAGCACUGUCCUGAAUAGAGUUUUCCUGGCCAUAAUUCAGAAUAUUCUUGUUAUCCAUAUAAAUGUCCAGGGUUUUGUUUUGUUUUGGGGGGGGGGGGGGAAUAAUCCUGUUAAAUGCUAGGCCUGUCAUAGCAGAAUUCCCAUUGACUUCAGUGGGUUUGGGAUUUGGCCACUCAUUCAGUAUAUCACAGUGACCUAAAAUAAGAGAGCCUAAUCUUUCAUAUGUGAUGCAGGUAAAAGGCCCACCAGCUUCAAUGGGAAUUUUGCCCAUGUGGCAACAGCAAGAGAAAAUCUUAAGGGUUUUACGCUCAGCUUGGUCUAGAACAAUUUUAACUAGUUUAUGAUGUGGACCUUGCCAAGGAAUAUACAGCAGAUUCUGUACAGAAUUUAAGUCAAUAAACAACUCAACUUGUGCAAUAUGACCAUAACCAUAGUCUAUUAUUUGUACAUUUACAGUAUAUGUAAUACAUAGUAGGACAUCAAUAAAUGCAUUAUUAUACCAGGGAUGUAUACUGAAAAGUCAGGGAGAUAACUUAUGUGAUGACAGAAAGAAACUGCCUCAGUAUCUGUGCAGUUAUAUUGCUGUCACUUUUUUUAUUUUAAUUAUAAUUUAAACUAUUUUUAGCUGUGUACAGACAUUCUGAAGAGUGUUUAUUGCUUGUUUUCCUCCAUGCUUACUUACCACAAACUCGCAAAGUAGUUUAUUUAAUUAAAUGAAUAAACAGACAAUCAAACCAAAAAUAAUUUGGGUUUCACUGUAUAUUUAAAUUCCAUUGAUAACUUACUGUUUUGUGCUGCAGGCUUGCAAGAGGUUGGGUAACAUAUGCAAUAUGGUGAAAAGCUAUCCAGAUUUGACCAUUGUUAAGCAGCGUUUCAGGAAUUUGUUUUGACAGUAGCACGUAAUAGGUAUGGAACAAAACCUGUAUGCAUAGACUGUUGAAUAUUGUAGUAAUUGAUCUUUGCUUAGAGUUAGUAUUUUAAAAAAAAAGUGUUCUGUUUGAGAAGGGAAAAAUGGUUAAAACAUUCUCUUCUUAUAAAAGUAUAUUUUUAAAUGUUUGGGAAAGUAUUUUGGCAAUUGUUAUCUGAUCUCACAUUUGAGUUUCAGGUGUCAGGAAUCUCAGAAAAAAAAUCUUGUUUUCUUCCAGUAUUUCGCUGUCUAAUGAGGGUUUUGCAUUAAGGAAACUGGUGCUGAUAAGGUUCUUUGUUAAAAAUGUAUCUUACAUUAUUUAAAUGCAUCAUACUGGGAAAACCCUAGAUAUUUUUUAAAUGUUUUUAAUUAGAACAUUAAAAAAAAGCAUCAUUGCUUAUAUUUUGCUACUUUGCUGCUCACUAAUGUGUAUUUAACGUAUCUUCAGUGUCUUGUCCCGGGGGAACAUCGGCCUGAUACAACUGCAAUGAAUAAAAUUCCUUCCCUUGACUUCAUUGCAGUGGUAUCAGGCCUCAUUAGUUCAGUCUGGUUCCAUAUGGAAUAACAGUGGUUCUUAGAUUCUCGUGCAGUCCCUCAGCUAAGGAACAAGGCUGGAAAUCUUGCGAGAACAAAUUGUUCUCGAGAAAUUCCUAGGUUGGGCCUGGUCAGAAAUAACAUGAGAAUUAGAGACAUAUGGCUUGGGUGUAUCACAGCAGUAGAUUAGGGGUGACACCCAGCAGCCACAAGAGGAGAAAAAAAGGUAGACUAUUUUUAUAUCAUUUUUCCAUUUUCUAUUUAAUUCGAUCAAGUGUUUCAGGAGGGCUCAAUGGAUGCCUCCCUGAUUUCUUGGGCCUUGAGUCCAGUAUAUCUUUGCCUUGACCUGAAUGUUUUGCCUAUACUCCCUCCCUUAAGUGGAACAGGUUGGGUUGCAACAAUCAUAGACCCUUAUCCUGCAAACUAAGGUGACCAGAUGUCCCGAUAUUAGCUUUGUCUUAUAUAUGCAACUAUACUGCCUCCCCACCUCCAGAAAAAAAAGUGUCCCGAUUUGUCACACUUGCUAUCUGAUCAUCCUACUGCAAGCUCACAUAUGCAAGAAUGCCCCUUGCCCUAUACAGUGCCCACUGAAGUAUAUUAAACCUUGCCUAGAACACUUUAGUCUCUGGCAGACAGGAUGUGCACAGUUCCCAGUGAUUUCAGCAAUGUACCACUUUGUCCAUUGUGCAUGGGAAUAAUUGGAUGUGUUGAUGCAGACAUCAGGUGCCACAUUUUCAUGAGUUUCCCUCACUAUCAAUGCACUGGUAGCUACAGUCGAUUGCUUAAGUUCUACAAGUACGUAUUGGGCCAGGUCCUCAUCCAGUGUAAAUGGAUUUAAGUCCAUUGAAAUCAAUGGAACUAUGUCCAUUUACAUCAGUGGAAGGUGUGGCCCAUUAUUUCUAGAAUGUGAUGUUUUCCGUUACAUGGAAUCUGAGCAAAUCUAGAAUAAAUGGCCAACUGGUGGCUAGAAAGCAUUUUUUUUUCUUUUCCCUGUGGAGUUAGUUUCUUCAUGAUCAUUAUUAAUGAAUAUUAUUAUUAUUAAAGUGAUAAAUCUAUUAUAACCAAAGAGUGAGUUGUUUAAAAAUGGCUCUUUGUGAAGAAAAAAAUAAUUACCACUUUGCAAAACAAAAACAACAACAAAAACUAAACCAAAAAAAAGGGGGGGGGAGUGGAGAAAUGAUUCCAGAGUGGUAUUACCCUAGUAAAUCCUUUUUAUCAACAGACCUGGCUUCUACAGGUUUUAAUACCAGAAGGACUCAGAUAUGGAAAUCUGCGUCACUCUGUGUACUGCGUGCAUCUAUUUUUAAAGAAGGUUUGGGGAUAUAGUUGUGCAUCGCAUUAUUAUUAACAGCCUUUCCACUAAACUAGCUGUUAGCAUAUUAUAAUGAUAUUUUUCAUUUCAAUUGCAUAGAAAUGUUAGGAGCUAAGGGCCUGAUCCAAAGCUUACUGAAGCCACUGGACUUCUAAUGUCUUCAGGGCUUGGGAUCAGGUGACACAAGACCUGAACCUGCUAAGUGCUGUGUCCUCUCAAUUGCCAUUGAGUUCAGUGGAAGUUGAGGACACUUUACACAUAUCGGGAUUGGCCCUUUGGCCCUGAUUCAGGAAAACAUUUAAGCUUGUGUUUAAAUCCUGUUGACUUCAAGGACAUUAAGCAGGUACUUAAGAACAUUCCUGAACAGGGAAGCGCCCCUGAAUUGGGGACCAAAUGAAGAUGAAGUCAGAUUAGUUCAGGUCUGUUUUAUUGUGAAAGAAAAUCCUUUGUGUAGUGAAUUGAGGCAAUUGCUAUGAGACCUACCUGCAUUACUACAUGAGUAUAUCAUUUAAAAACAGUGAUGAAUUGCUCUUUUGAAUUUACACUAAAUAAUGAACGUAAACAUAGAUGAACUGCAGUUCAUUUCAGCAUCCUGUAGAGCAGUGGCAAACUCAAUACACACUACUGUGAACUUUGGUAGCACCCAGAAUUUGCAUUUAAAUUGCAGUCCUGUAGACGAAGAGGAUGGGAGGAAAAUCUCAAUAACUCAUGUGUGGGGUAUGGGGAAAACUUAACAUCUGCUUCAGUUAACAUUCAUUUUAACAAGAGAGAUGUAGGAUAUUUGAGUCAGGCAGUUGCCAAAUAAUUUUCACGUUUAAACACAGGACUGAAAAUUGAUUUGCAGUACUUCAAUAUUUAAAACAUAUUGAAAGUCAGGAGGAAAAUUACUGAUUAUAAUGGAAAGUCUAGUGGUAACAAAAUUGAGCCUAAAUGUAGAGGAAAUCAUUUGAUUCUUAAAUACAUAUGAAAUGAUGCGAAGAGCAGGCACAUUUAAAGUGAAUAAUCAAACUGUAAAUGCAAUUGACUGCAUACACUCUAAUAUGCCACUUAGUUGUCACUGCUGCCUCAAAUACCUAAACACAUUUACUGAUUGAAUAUUUAUGAAAUAUAAAUGUAAGAGAAUGGAAAAUAUAUGACCAGAUCCUUUUUAUUAACUUGUUUUGUUGCCACUAAGAAAGUACUUUCUGAAGUUUCUCUCUGUGGACAGUUCUAAAAACUUGAUGUCAUCAAUGGAUGCAUUUUUUUUUUCAUUUUAAAGCUGUUGUAUUGUUAUGUUUACUAUGUUUUCAGUGUGAUCAGAUUGUAUUUAUUUGAGAAAAAUGUUUGACAUUUAAAAAAAAUGGUCUUGCCAAAAAAAAGAAUUGCUGUAAUUACUUGUGACAUCCGUAUUUGUUUUAUUUUAUUUUUUUAAUCUUCUAUUUCAAGUGCUAACAACUGUUGAAACAACCGUGCCAUUUUAAUUUGCUUGUUACAUUAAACGGAUUUCUCAAAAGUUAAACCAAACGGCUCACAGAUGAUUUAAUAAAGAUGAAAUGCACCCAGA